AUGGGAUUUCUUGAAGACGACAAAGAAUACAUAGCCGCUAUAAAGGAGGCAAGUCAUUGGGGGACUGGUCAUUUUCUUCGAAAACUGUUUGUUAUCAUGCUUUUGUCUGGUGCUGUUAAUCGCCCUGCACAUGUUUGGGAACAAACUUGGCUCCUAUUAUCUGAUGGUGUCUUACAUACACAAAGAGCGUUGGCUGCAAAUCCAGAGUUAGUCCUCAUACAAGAAGAGUUACAAAAUUUGACUUUAAUAGAAAUUGAGAAACUGCUACAAGCAAAUAGAAGGACACUAAAGGAUUUUAGUCCUAUUCCAUAUCCGAAUGCUUAUGUUCUUGAACAGUUGGGAAACAGGCUCAUAUAUGACGAGCGUAAUUACGAUUCAGCGUCAAUGAACUCGGAAUUUGAAAAUCUGUUUGCUGCUCUUACAGAUGAGCAAAGAGGUAUUUAUGAAAAAAUUAUGCACACUGUGGAGUCUCAGAAUCCUGCCGUUUUCUUCCUUCAUGGUUAUGGUGGUACCAGAAAGACAUAUAUGUGGAGAACACUCGCAGCAGCUUUAAGAUCAAAACACGAUAUAUGUUUAACUGUUGCAACUAGCGGUAUAGCAUCAUUGUUACUUCCAGGAGGUAGAACUGCACAUUCAAAGUUUAGGAUACCGGUACCAACUAUGGACAAUUCUACUUGCAAGGUUAAAUUCAACGAUGAUGUUGCAGACAUGUUACGACAGACAAAGCUUAUAAUAUAG